AUGAUCUCUAGUUUCGGCUUCAACCCUUUGGCCAUGAGGGUAUCCCCUCAAUGCGCACCAAUCCGCCUUAUGCGCAGCUCAAUUCGAGCAAGGAGAUCAAGAGGCGCAAACAGGUGGUUUGCGACGGAGACUUAUUUCAAGAAUUCGGACCAGGACUUCUCGCCACUUGCCUGCACAUGGCUGACUAGGACACCGCAAGCUAUCAAACCGGAUGAUAUCUUGUCAAGUCUUCCCCCAAGGUCGUCCGCUGAUGCCGCCUCAGAUUCCGUUCCCCUCCUGCUUGUCACCCCUAGCUUUGCCCACUGGAUCGACACUUCCAACCCGUUCCUUGAAUCCUUAAUAGGCCGCUUGUUUCCCGGUUUUCCGAACUCCACGCCGGUCUACGCCGUCGCAGCAGUCGUUGACAAACUUCCAAACUCGAUGCAUUCUAGGGCAUCAGGCUCUGGAGAAAUUGGUGACUCUGAGUUCUUAUCAACACAACCAGAGGGCCUCUCUCUUUUGACAAUUCAGAGAGAGAAUGUCCGAGGGAAAGCAGCAGCUGCUCGUCGCAUUGGAGGUCCCGCAGGCGAAGAUCCCGACCUCGUCAUUUCCAUCGAGGACACCAGUGCUUCGAAGGGAACCGCGCAUGACGUUGGUCUGCGCCUUGCAAACACCGUCUUUGUAAACGGGAAAGAAUCUACGCUCAUGGGCAUGCGCUGGAUUUACAAUAAUGAUGUCGGUGCAUACGCCUUGAGCCAAUCCGUGAACCUCACAAGUUGCUAUGUUACCUCCGUCUGCGCGACUACGGAGCCUAGCCUGACUCUUCCGCUCGACCCUGUGGGUGAGCGAAGGCGAGUCAUUACCGGCAUGGGAAAUAUUCUGCGCCAAGUGUCAAAGUCGACAGAUCCAACCUCGGUUGAGGCAAUGCCGGCUUCCACUGAAUUGGAAACGGCGCUUCCACGCUACAUCAAAGAGCAUAAUAUCGUGGACCAAAGAGUAUCUGUCUGGGCUUUGGUUGAGAAGCCUGAGAUGGAUACUGCCAGCCGCGAGUUCACUUCCACACAAGAUCGAGUCACUCACUCUUUGCGCAAAGGUGGCAAGUUGCACCGUGUCAUGAGCGGCGGAGGUGGAUGGGGGAAGAAACAGGGUCUCCUUUCGCUGGACCCAGAGGUUAGCUUUCCUGGGAUGAAUCGUCCUGAUGAUCUCGUUACACUAUAUCAAAUCUUCAAUCCUAGUGCAGAUGCGCCCAUGGAGUGGCCGUCUUUCCUUGCCAAUGGGAUGAUUGGUGAAGAUCUCUCUCUGCUGUCGCAGGUCGCCACGGAAGGUGAUUUCAUCGAAUUUUUUGUCGGGUUAGAGCCGAAACAUUCACAAGACGAUAAUGCAAGCAACGCUGAUGCGCGAGGCUCCGUCACCUAUCGCUUUGGUGUCGUUGCCAAUGCUGACGAGGUGAAUGUUGAAUCUACAAGCGAGAACAAACAUGACCUUGUCGUUGUGCCAAAUUCGUUCGGAGCAUUGUCUGAGAAGGCAAUCACGUACUCUCAGCCACUUGUGGACGGAGCAGAGACUUCCAGAUCCAGUACCAAACUGGAUAUACCGGGAUGCCGAGUGAUUUUUAAUUCUGUACAAUAA